AUGGGUGGGCAUAAUAAUAGGAAUAGCCCUAUGGUUAUUCCUACCCGAGGAACAACAGAAGCAACUGUUGCUUCUGUUAGAACUGGUACGAAUGCUGUUCGUGUUCGUGAACUGGAUGAUGGAUACGUUUUUUCGCCCUCCCCAAGAACCACAACCACUCCCUUAAUGACUGUCGCCCAAGUGCCAUCAUUCCAAAGCGCUACUCUUGAGGGAAAAAAAGCGUUGUCUGUAGACCUUCAAUGGCCAGUUCUCGUCGGAUGGGAGAACAUUUAA